CUGUAUUCACUUCUGUCUUGUUUAUAGUUUAUACCCUAUUCUUUGGUUGGUACCUGUUUAUUGAAUUUAUUGUGUUUCACCUAAAAUUGGGGCUAAACGGAUUCAAUUUUAUUAAAAACUUUAUUAGAAAAUGUAUUUUAGUGAAAGAUUUAAUGAAUGAGUGACAUCGAGAGCGAAACAGAGGCGACGGAGCACACUGCACUCAUGGACGGCCACAUCGCAGAAGCUCGACCAGACAGAGAAAUAGCAGAACGGAUAGCUAGAAAAAGGAAAUCUAAAUCGGAAAGCCAACGUACAUAUGGCAGUGUCGAUCAAGCAGAAAGUGGAAGCUCCGGAGCAGCAAGUCACCAGCCCCCUAAUCCACCAAAUGUGCCUGCAGCAGAACCACAAAUUGAAGAGCUAGAGUUGAAAUAUGGAGCUCGACAUGUGAUCAAGUUAUUUGUACCUGUAACAUUGUGUAUGUUAGUUGUUGUGGCCACAAUAUCAUCCAUCAACUUUUAUUCUGUCAAGGAUGUAUAUCUGGCAUACACACCAUUUCAUGAAGAGAGUCCAUAUGCAGUGACAAAAGUAUGGAAUGCUUUGGCCAAUUCCAUGAUACUGCUCAGUGUUAUAGCACUCAUGACCGUGUUGCUCAUAGUCCUUUAUAAGAAGAGAUGCUAUAAAAUAAUUCAUGGUUGGCUGAUACUUUCUUCCCUUAUGCUGUUAUUUUUAUUCUCAUAUCUUUAUAUAGAGGAAGCUCUCAGAGCCUACAAUGUUCCAAUGGAUUACAUAACUUUAGUAUUUGUGAUGUGGAACUUUGGUGUGAUGGGAAUGAUUGUGAUCCAUUGGAAGGGCCCGCUGAGGUUGCAGCAGGCAUACUUAAUAUUCAUCGCGGCGCUCAUGGCGCUAGUGUUCAUUAAGUAUCUACCAGAGUGGACCACAUGGGCAGUACUAGCUGUUAUAUCUAUUUGGGAUUUGGUAGCUGUAUUAACACCAAAAGGACCACUUAGAAUAUUAGUGGAAACUGCCCAGGAACGCAACGAACCAAUAUUUCCAGCUUUAAUUUAUUCAUCGACGGUGAUGUACUGCCUGGCAGCGACGAGCGUGCCGGAGGGCUCGGCGCGGGCAGGUGAGCCGCGCGAGCGAGAGCUGCGCCCCCUCAACCCGCACGAAUCCCGCGAAGGUGAACAACGGCGCGAAAAUCAGUCCGGCGCUGCAGGCGACGGCGGAGACGACGAAGGAGGGUUCAGCGCCGGCUGGAGCGCCGCGCCGCGCCGCCUGCGCGUGGACUCCGCCCAGCCGCCGCACUACACCACGCGCGUCGACCGGCCGCACCCGCCCCCGCCGACGCACGCACAACACCCCGCGCACGCUGAAGCCGACGAGGAGAAGGGCGUAAAACUUGGUCUAGGGGAUUUCAUAUUCUAUAGCGUGCUUGUGGGCAAGGCGAGUUCGUACGGUGACUGGAACACGACGCUCGCUUGUUUCGUGGCCAUAUUGAUCGGGCUGUGCCUGACGCUGCUCCUGUUAGCGAUACUCAAGAAAGCUUUACCGGCACUGCCCAUCUCGAUAACUUUUGGCCUUAUAUUCUAUUUCGCUACGCGGUGUGUUGUGAAGCCAUUUGCAGACGCGUUGGCCGCUGAACAGGUGUUCAUUUAGCUAACGCUUCACAAGUAUAUUUGAUCGUUUGUUUGUUUCACACACUUGCCGAGUGACUUUAUGAAAUGUAUAUCAACAUGACCCGUAAAAAUAUUCCCGAGACAGUUGGCGGGACAACAUGAAUAUCAGACUCAAAAUUUAAAUUGUUAAUUGCUCCUAUGAGCAAUAAAUUGACUGAAAUAGUUUGUCAAGUUUAGUUAAUGUUUAAAAGUAUGUGUAGAUAUUAGAUGUAUGGAUAAGAAUUUACGAUGCAAUACAUUUGAUUAAAUGCCAAUAGAGUAAGAUAUUGAUGUACAUAAUAUUUAUUGUGUUUGAACUUUUAUAAGACAUAGUGUGUGAAGAACUUUUUAAUUUUCAUAUUCAUUGGCACCAACCAAACGUGAUCAAAAUGUUUAAAUACUUCAGUCAAAUCUGGUCAAAGACUCAUCAUUAUUAUAUACGUAAGGUGUUUCAGCAUCUUUAAGCAAUCGCAGCAAGAGGUGUGUUAUAUAGACAUUCCAACUAAUAAGCAAAGUUUUUAUCAUUACUAGAUUCCUAAUUUUCAUUAUUUAUGUGUCAUUAAUGUUAUAGACAAAAAUUAUUUAAUAUUUUGUCUUAUUUCUCUCCGAUUAAAGCAAAAUUGAAUUUUCUAAAAGA